GGAAGUCAGGUGAUAAAUUUUCCUUUAUUUUUAUGGAUAUACUCACAGCUGCAUCCUCACAGCUCAACAACGCUAAAUUAUUUUUCUUUGCUUCGUCUAUGAGCAUACAUGAGCAGGCAUAAAAGAGCCGUCAUCAGUACUACGCUAUACACGAAAUGAAGCCUACUUGGUUCUACCUUGCACUCUUGGCUGCCGUUGCAUAUGUUUGCGGCAACAACAUGCCUCCGGGUUGUAACAAAGUAACUUUAAGCAGUUUUGCUAAGGGUACCCGCGGCCUUCUUGGCAGCGUUUGCAAAGUACUUCAUAAAGGUUCCAAUUCCACAUGGAUUGGUCUUAAUCCCGUACUGAAAAACUGCACAUUGUGUUGUGCAGGGAAGGAUGGUGAUAAUAUCACCUACAACGUUACGAAGAUGCCUGAAAAGCUUUGCAAAAAACUGAAAAAUGCCGGGAAGAGAACUUGACUGGGUUGCAGUGC